CACCGGAAGUAAUGUUGACAAGCGGCGGCUCCUGGCGUCAGUUGCUGCUGUCAGAUAUUUUCUAAACAUGUUCUGAAGUAUAUUUAACAUUUUUCUCUGUUUUGUUUGUUUUCAUGCUGCCUGAAUGCUCAAGUAAAGUAGCGUUAAUUCAACGACUUCCUGACGAAAAACGGAUAUUUAAGUGGAAGAUAAUAAUUGUGCAAUGUAAUGUCAAAAUAAUCAAUAAUUCAUGACGGAAACCGAGUGGACGCGAUAUGCAGAUUAUUUAUUCGUUUAGACGGUUUUCCAUCGAAAGAAGCAGACACCAGCACUGUUUAGGUGAUGUCAAAGCCAAGCGUCACCCUGGAGGACGAGGAGAAGAAGAGUUGCUCUGCUGGUGCAAACUCAGAGCAAGCAGAGAGUUCACCUAACUUGAACUGCAAUGAUCCCCCACGCUCCAUACCCGAUCGAUUGAAUUUGGAGCCAUCCAUAAUCGCUACAGAGACAAGCCCCUCCCCGUCUAAUAAUGGAACAACCCUUCUGUCAUUGCCAUGGGAGAUAGUUACCCAGAUUGCCUCUCACCUCCCUGCUCAAUGUGUCAUUAAUGUGCUACCACAGGUAUGUCAGGCAUUGGGAAGGAUUGGCGAGGACCACCUGGUGUGGCAGCUUCGGGCUCACAAACUCUCCGGCCGACAGACCUCUUUUCCUGUAGGACCAAAGGAUGACUUUGAUUGGUCCAAGGCCUGUUUGGAGAUGGAACAGCUGAUUGGUUUAUGGACACCGCAAGAGGACCACACAGAUAGACAAGAACAGAGAGAAGUUCCUGAUGAUUUGGCACCAGGGGCAGCUGGUGAAGUGCAUGGUGAAGUACAAGCUGCCGGAGAGAAUCCGGCUGAGAUGCGGAUGGAUGUGGAAUUAUAUGGUGCUGCAGAAGUCGGGGACGGAAAUAUGCCAGUUAGUUCUCAGAAUGACCCUCAGGGGAUGGAAGCUGACCCUACAACAUUCUCUAGCUCUUCUUCACCAUUGGAGCACAUCGUACUCCCUUCUGGCCACAUUGCAGAUGUGAAUUGUGUCCUGCUGCUGGGUGGAGAGGGGGCGCUGUGUGCCUCCGGCUCCCGGGACAGAAACGUGAACCUCUGGGAUCUUCAGCAGGGCUCCAGAGGCACGUUAGUGCGUACGCUAAGUGACAGUGGUUUUAUUAGCACACACAGGGGUUGGGUGUGGUGCCUGGCAUCGAGUGGACCACUGUUGGCAUCAGGAUCGCUUGACAGCACCAUCAGACUGUGGGAUCUUGCAGCGGGAGGGGCCGCGCGGGGUCUCAUUCGAUGCAAAGCUGCUGUAUUGUGUCUGUCCUGUGAGAGAGACACUGUGCUGGCUGGAUCACAUGAUCAGAAAUUAAGCAUCUAUGACACCCGAUCUGCAGAGCCAUUGGUCAAGAGUCUUCGUCUCCAUAGUGAUGCGGUGUUGUGCCUGGCAUCUGAUGACCAGUUUAUAUUAUCUGGCAGUAAAGAUCAAACCGUUGCUCUGUAUGACCGAAGGGCAGGAAAACUUCUGCAGAAAGUUAAGCUUAGCUCCUACCUACUGUCGAUGUCCUACAGCGGUCGAGAGGUGUGGGCCGGAGAUAACCGAGGACUCGUCCACACCCUUUCCUUGCACAACAACUCCCUGACACCCGUAUCCCAGUUCAACAUCCACAGCGCGAUGGUCACGGGCAUCCAUUAUUCUCCCGGUACUCUCUACACGUGCUCCUCUGACCGGACUGUCAAGGUCCACCUCCCAUGUUCCCCACCCAAAACACUGCGUACACUUCACCAUCAGGUGGGGGUAAACAGGUUGAGUGUUGAAGCAGAAACACUGGCUAUCGCUUCUGUUGACAUGAACGUUGAAGUUUGGAGGCCCAGAUGCUGAGUGACAGUGAACAUUGGACAGUGAUGUCAUACACAUGAUGUCACUACAUUAUUUUCUAUGCAUUAUACUUGGAAUUUUGUUUUUAUUUGAUGAAAUCUGACAUUCCGUUUCCAGAAUAAUGCUAAACAUAACAGUACCUUAUUACACAGGAACACCACAACUGUUUUAUUUUCAAGAUAGAGAUGGUUGAGUUUAGUUUGUGUGAUUACAAAAUCUUUACUUAAAGGAUUCAACAAUACUAUGACUGAAUUGUGUGACUGUUAACAAUAGACUGAAGAUACACAGUGACAAACUACAUACAUCUGAAGCACAUCUACAGUUGAAAAGAUUAAGUUAGUUUUUAAUUUGUGAAGAAUCUUUGUAAAAUAUGACGGUUCUCUUCUGUCGAAGUUAAUAUUACUUAAAUUGCA